GUCAUGGUGUAGUAUGGUUCUGGUUCUGACACACGGAAUCUAUUCUGGGGCCCAAAAUGCUGUGGACGUUCUGCGCCUGGACAGUGACGCUGCUUUACACCUGCUCCAGAGGACACGACACCCCGCUCGAAGGAUACGCCCUCUCACCAUCAGGGUACCAUGUGUGUCCCGGGAUCGAGACCGUUGCCAUGACCACCGUGAUCUCCCACCAGAGCGCGUACACUGAGAUGACGCCGUGCGGCGGGUGGCUGCCGUGGAAAACGUGUAAUGUCACGCGCUACAGAACCGUCUACCAGACUCAGGUCGUCACCUCGGAGAGACAGGUGAUGACGUGCUGCCAUGGCUACGAGCAACUGGGCAGCUACUGCGCCCCGGCCCUUAACAGGAGCUCAGAGUUUACGGCUAAACCUGGAGCAUGUCCCGGACAUGCUGUCCCCGGCCCGGGCUCGCGGUGUCACUGGGACACAGACUGUCCCGGCUGGCAGAAGUGCUGUCAAGCAGGAAACCAGACGCAGUGUGUGGAGCCUCAGAGUCACGUGAACCUGAGCUCGUGGCUGAACGUGACGGUGACGGUGAAAGCGGCGUACAGUUUGGUGAACACCAGCAGGGGAAUCUUCAACCACACACGCCUGCUGCACGCCGCGGUGACAGGCGCUCUAAGCUCUCCCCAGGUCUCAGUGUAUCACACACAUUCAUGGUCUUCAGGAUGGCUCAGUACGUCCUCGAGUCUGCUCCUAGGAUCUUCUCAGCUCCUCUCCAUGACCAACAUCUCUAACACACUCCUGCACCUGCUGGAGAACCUAGAGGAGGUGAUGGCUGUGGAUGUCAUGGAUGUGGAUGAAUGUGCCACGCCCGUGCUGAGAGAGUGCUCUGCUCUGGCCCACUGCAGUAACACUCUGGGCUCCUAUAACUGUACGUGUUCUGGGGGAUCUGCCGAUCUUCAGCCCAGCAGGCCAGGAACACAGUGCAUGAAUACUGCCUCUUCCUCUUCCUCAUCCUCCUCGUCCUCCAGUUCAGGCUCCUCUGAUUGGAACGUAAUUAGCUUCGGGCCGUUGAGGAAACCUUCCCGGCAAACAAGCUCCACUACUCUGUCCACUACUUCGUCCACUACUCUGUUCACUACACCGCCUACCAAUUCCUCCACCACUUUCUUCAACACGUCCCUCAUUUUUCCGUCUCCUGUAGCUCCGUGCCGCUUGAACUCCAGCUCUAUUCCCGCACUUGGUAUCCCUAAGAUCAUCAACCUCUGGGCUGAAAACGUCACAAGCUCCUCCUUCACUCUGUUGUGGGACGUCCCCUCUCAGCUCAACCUCACGUCACGCAUCGUCCUCUUGCACGGGACUCAUCAGCUCGGCCCCUGGGAAACACCACAUUCUCAUUGGAUGUGGACUAACCUUCAACCUGGGGUUCUGUACACCGCUCAGGUGGCCCUGUGUAUGUGUGGGUCUUGUGGAAAUGCCACCGAGCUAAAGGUAAAGACAGAUGGACAGAUUCUUGAAGUUGCUGUCCGAAUAACCAACGUAAACUUCACGGAGGCUCUGCUGAACCCAAACAGUGAAGAGUACAAGAUGUUAAGUGAAAAAGUCAGGAAUGAGACUCUCCAUUUUCUCCCUUCCUGGAUCCUGGACUUGGUUCUCUCGGGGAAGGUGAUAGUGUCAAUCACGCAUCUGUCUCCAGGCAGCGUCGUAGCCUCGUUCGACCUCGUGUUCCUUCCUAACAGCGUGCAGGACAUCAACAGCAUCGCCGUUAAUCUGGUGGAAUCCCUGCAGCGCAGCACGCAGUUCACCCUUGACCCGAACGCCACCACCAUCACGGAUGUGAAGGAGUGCGCACUGGGCGAGGCCGACUGUUCCCCCUGGGCCGAGUGUGUGGACACCUUCGGUUCAUACACCUGUGUGUGUCGCCAUGGUUACACUGAUGCAAACCCCAUGAGGCCGGGGCGCACCUGCCAAGCCACAGCUUCCACUUCUCCUCCGAUCAUCACGAGUCGCUCCACACCCGUCAUCUCUACAACUUCCAAUACGAGCGCAGUCAACCAUAACACAUCCACAGACAUGACUGCAUUCUCCUCCUCCUCCUCCUCUUCAUCCACAGCUUCCACACCUGUAACACAGGGCGCAGACGGAUCACCGGCAGAGUCCAAACUCACCAAAUCAACAGACUCACCAUCCAGCACUUUUUCUUCAAGAUUAUCCAACAGUGUCAUCAAUGUUACACAAGCUUUAUCCUCCUUCUCCUCCUCCUCCUCCGUGCCUGUCAUCGUUCAAACGGAGAGCAUCGAGGUGGAGUGCGGUCCCGGCUUCAUGCUUGUCACCGUCUUACGAUAUUUCCUGGAGCUGAAGCACAUCGCUGCGUCCUCGCUGUACCUGGGCGAGCCCAGCUGUAGCCUGACUGAUGGGAACGCCACCCACGUCAAGCUCUUUGUGGCCUGGGGAAUGUGUGGCGCUCAACUGCGGAAUAACAGCCAGAACAGCACGGUGCAGGUGACUCUCCACAGCACAGACUCCCGGCUCCAGGUUCCUGUCAUCUGCACCUACAUCAACAGCUUCAUCAUCUCUGCAGGAUACGGCUCCUCCGGGUACGAUACGAUUAACAACGUGGUGGAGGGAUCCGGGAUGUACCACGUGACGGUGCGAUUGUUGAACGGGUCGUACCCUCUGCCUCAGAACUACACCCUGUCCCCUGAUGAUGAGGUCGUGGUGGAGGUGGGGCUGAGCUCCAACAUGUCUCAGAUUAAAGUGGUCAUUAAUAAAUGCUGGGCAAAUCCCAGCAACAACCCGGUGGAGCUUCCCAACAGCGUCUUCUUCGAAAACAGUUGUCCUGUUCCAGAGAAGUACACGCGUGUGCUGCAGAACGGUGAAUCCACUCGCUCUCUGCUGGCUGUGAAUCUUUUCAACCUGGUGGAGUUUGACGUGAUUUACCUGCACUGUCAGAUUCAGAUCUGCGUGGAGACGUCCACAGCCACGUGUCGCCCUGGCUGUAGCGCUUCCCGGCUGGCCAGAACCUCCAGAGACGCUAACGUGGUGGGGAUGGCUAAAGCCUCGUGCGGUCCUGUACUCAAGUCACAUCUGGAAGUGACCCUACAGGACGCGGUGUGGAACAUGCGCACUAUCGGCUUCGUCCUCUUGGCGCUGGGAGUGUGUGUGUUGGCGCUCGGGGCCGGGGCUGUCGCCAUGUUCUGCAGACGCAGGAGGGGAACCUACAGCUUCCGCUUCAGACCACGUGAGGAGAACUUCACCUACCACGUCUUCAGUACCUGAACGCCUGAACACGUGAACACGUGCGCUCGCUCCAUCACUCCGCUCCAUUUACUCUGCUUAGUCCAAUCAGGCUGUAGCACGCUGCUGCGCGUUAGUGUGUGAAUAUUACUGUUUUUAUUAUUAUUAUUAUUGUUAUUACUAUUAUUAUUAUUAUUAUUGCUGAGCAAUAUUUACAUCAUCAUCAUCAUCAUCAUCAUCGUUUGCAUCUUUAUCAGUUCCCUCCUGCUGUAAAUGUACAGAGUAAAUCUAUAACCUUAUAAUGUUCUAAACACAAAGUGAUGUACGGAUACAGUUUA